GAGGUCUGUGUUUUCAAAUCAGGACAUUGUAAACCAUUGUCGUUAUAGAGCAUGGCCAUAGUCGCUUUUCCAAACAGCUUGAUCCAAUCUUUUUAGUAGAAUCAUGAGGUGAAGAAUCUUUGUUUGUUCACACAUUUGUGAGAUUUGAUCCUAUGAAGCUACGACGGGCAAAAGUGGAACUGCUUUGGUGUUCUAGGUGUAUUCAUGAAAACAAAAUUAGAGUCAUCAGAUGACACCAAUGGAGUAUCAAUAUAUCGUCUGAUGUAUUGUAGAACUUUUGAGACGAUGUUUAAACCUAGUAAAAAAAAAAAAAAAAACCCGUAAAGUUGAACAAAUAUUCUGUUCAUACACAAUGCCCUAAAAUGACUCCCAAGUUAUCAGCAAUCUUUUAACUCUUUUUUUUAAUAACAAAUUGCCCUUUAUGAAUGUAUUAGUCAAAGUCUCAAUUUGCAGUUUCUACUUUCUAGUCUAAUUUGGUACAUGAAGGAGGAACCUUAUAGUGAUCACAUAUAAAACACACUAGAGCAAUUCAUGCUAAUACCAUGAACAGAUGCAUUACAAGCAAUUACUCGCCUUCACAAUGAACCAUACAACUAUCUAUAGAACUUUUGUCGAUCUACAUUACACAAAUGGAUCCUCGACUGAACUUUUCUCCGAGCAUUCUGGUCAUGGUUCGUUGGGAAGAAGAGGAUUUCCCUAUGCAGAUUCCACUUUCCGCCACAGUUAUGCAAGUGAAAUUAAGGAUUUCGCAAGAACAAGGAAUCGCAAUCCCUGCCGAUAGGCAAGAGCUGAGCUUGGAAAACGGGACGUGGCUGCAAAGUGAUGCAAUGACUGUGCAACAAUACGGCAUUUCUCAUGGUUCUGUCCUCACCCUCCUUCGGAAAAUUGCAGUCACAAUCCGGAUAGCCGACCAGUAUUCCUUGGGGUUGAUUGUCAAUGAAGAAAUCACUGUGGCCACCUUGAAAGAUUAUCUAUACGGACAUGGUGUGGAUAUCGAAAACAAGGCACUAGAAAUGAAGUACGAGGGCAAUAUUAUUGUUCUUGAUGAUCGUUCGUAUUUGUGGGCUUCUGGCAUUGAGGAAGGCACAUGUUUAUCCCUGGUCUGAGCCUGAAAGAACUGAGGAUCUACGGAGUGUGAUAUAGAUUAUAAGUUGGUUUAAUCAAUAGUAUGGUCUCUAAACAUUAUGAACUUGCAGUGUACUCGACAGGACUCUAAUUUUCUUAGGCAAUUAGUGUCAUAAAGCUCUAAAUAUAAAGUUAUAAACUACAAUUCAUAUCCCAAGUCCCAAAUCUUGGAAAUUGAGUCUUAAAAAUAAAAAAGAACAAGAAAAAUUUAAACAUCAUGAUUUUCACCCAAACUUGUAGAUUAUAACACUUAGAUUUUUGACUAAAAUUUGCAGUCUUAUUUUCUUACUAAAAUAUUUUCACACUUACAUAAUAAUUUUCAGACACUUCUUGAACUAAUGGAACUCAAAAAUCACAAUGCAAGAGAUUUUUUCUACAAUUUUUAGAAAUUAGAAAAUAAUAAAAUUCAUUAGAGAAAAAAAA